AUGUUCCCGACUUUCACUGGUAGCUCCCGCAAGGCGCGAAAUGUCAACCUCAGCGGUCAGAAAGCGACAAACCCGUUUACAAAUCCGUCAUGGGCGCCCAACGUGUUCACGAGAGCUGCCUAUUAUGAGUUUGCCAUCUCGUUCUUGACUCAGCCCGACUUGGCACUGUUCGAGUCAAACAUCACUUCAUUCGUGGAGGAUAUUGAUGUCGACCAACUCUCAGAUUCUCUUCAGGCUGAAGUUACACCCGAGACAACUGGUUCGUAUACAGGUCUCUUGUGGCUACUUGCACAUUUUAUUAUACUGCAAAAGACGAAGAAACAACAGGUCUUGCACUCCCGCUCUCUACAGGUGUUGUAUUCGCUCCUGUCGACGUUGUCGACGCAAAUACGUCUCGGCUUUGGAACCUCUGACUUGAAGGCUUCCGAUGACGAUCUUGACGUGGAGGAGACCCUUGAGCCGGGGCUUCCAACAUAUGUCGCGGACAAGCUGGCCUCACUGACAGAUAGGGACGAAAUUUCGGGUGUCCUCGAGAAGUUUACGUCCCCGACCGUAUCCAACGUCGAGAAUGCAGGGCUUCUUGCAGGCUACGUUCUCACAUUAAUUUAUUGCUUCCCGGCGCUUAGCGACGACAUUCGAAUGCGCCUCUAUCUGGCAGAUAUCCCAACCCGCCACGGCCCAACGCCUGCAGUUAAAUUCUUCUGGAGUGCGUUCAAUCAGACAUCAAUUGUCUCAAGAAUCAUUGCCGACGCCAAUGCUCCACUUGCGAUUCUCCGCGAAAGACCCGUAUCGCAAGCAGAUUCUCCAUGGCACCGCGGGUGGCGGACCAUUCUCUUGUUCCUGGAGCUCUAUAUCUUCGUUUUGCGUCUAACUGAUGACGAUGACUUCUUCGGUAGCCUCAAAGGGCCUGGCUAUCCCGGGGAAUCCAACUCACGGUUGCGCUCUAGCGGGCUUAGCCUUCAAGAAUUGAAGCGUCUCACCAUCUUUUUAAAGCAUCUCGGUUUUACGCUACAUUACCAUAUGGCUGACUUACUUGGCUCGAUGCCCAGUACGUCGAUCAUGGCCGAUGACUCACGGCCGCCAUCAUCAUCGUCGUCUCGGCGGCGAAGCGGGGCUGGAAAUAACCGAGCGUCAGCCGCUUUAUCGUUCACUCUCACUGCGGGUGUCGAUUUUGAGGCUUUUCGAGAUCUGAUUUCGACGGCAAUGAAAAUGUUGUAUGAGCGGGACUCUCGGCGUCAAUUUCUCCCAUCAAACCACUGGCUGAUGACUUCCAAGUUUGACAUGGAAGGGUUUCUUUCUGCCGUCGUGCUGGAGGAACAAAGUCGGCGCGAACAAGACGAGGCUGGUGGUGACGAUGAGGACGAGGAUGAUGAUGAUGAUGAUGAUGAUGAUGAUGAUGAUGAUGGCACAGCGAUAUAUUCUUCAUCGCCUUUCCCCAUGUCAUCGAGUGGGCUGAGGCUGUCCCGACAGGCCCGGAUGGAAAGAAUCAGGGUGGCGCGGAAGCGGCAAGCACGCGACAUUAUCAGGGCGGCCGCGGGCCCCAAGCUAGAGAUUCUACGCAACAUGCCGUUCGUCAUUCCCUUUGAUGUCCGUGUGCAAAUCUUCCGGCAAUUCGUUUAUCUCGACAAACACCGCAGGCGAGGCGGGCACAUCGAUGCGGAUCGGUGGAGGUUGUGGGUGCUUAACCAGCACGGCGGACCGUUUGAGCCAGAUGAAGCCGGAACGAGCAUCAUUGGCCGGCACCAAGCACAGAUCCAGAGAGGACGGAUAUUCGCGGACGCCAUGGAUUCGUUUUGGGGGCUCCAAGAAGGCUUGAAGGAGCCCAUUCAGAUCACGUUUGUGGAUGAGUUCGGCAUACCGGAGGCGGGAAUUGACGGGGGCGGCGUGACCAAGGAGUUUCUCACGAGCGUGACGACGGAGGCGUUUAGGCCCUCCGAAGGGUACUUUGUCGCCAACAGCAAGAACUCUUACUACCCUAACCCCUGCGAUAUGGACCAGUUGAGAUAUGCUCUUCGGGCAGCGCAGAUCUCGGAAGAUUCCCCAGAAUGGGUCGAGGCUCACGCCAAUCGCUUGCGGGAGUUUGAGUUUCUCGGCAGAGUGAUUGGAAAGUGUUUGUACGAAGGGAUCCUUAUUGAUAUUUCCUUCGCGGGCUUUUUCCUCCUCAAAUGGGCGUCAUCAGCCGGGGCAGGCGACACGUACCGCGCCAAUAUCAACGACCUCCGGGAGCUUGAUGAAGAGUUAUACCAGGGCAUGAUCCGGCUCAAGAAUUACCCUGGCGACGUGGGUGACCUGUCGCUCGACUUUACCAUCACCGACCAGGUCUCCCCGCCGGGCCAGCCGUUCCGUACCACCACACGCAACCUCAUCCUGCACGGGGAGGACGUCGCGGUGACGAAUGAGAACCGGCCAUUAUACAUCAGCUACGUAGCUCGACACCGUCUGGUGAUGCAGCCCUACGCACAAACUCGCGCCUUCCUCCGUGGGCUUGAGAUGUUGAUCGAUCCCGGGUGGCUGAGCAUGUUCAACCAAAACGAGCUGCAGCGUCUGGUGGGCGGUGACAGCUCAGAAAUCGAUGUCGAGGACCUGCGCCGCAACACGGCUUACAGCGGGGUGUAUGCGAUCGGUGAUGACGGCCGCGAGCAUCCGACGGUGCAAGCGUUUUGGGAGGUUAUGCGUGGGCUAGAAGAUCGGGAGCGCCGCGAUGUGCUGAAAUACGUCACGAGUACGCCGCGGGCACCACUUCUGGGUUUCGGACAGCUUAACCCGCCGUUCACCAUUCGUGAUGGCGGGCAGGAUCAGGAGAGGUUGCCGAGUGCGAGCACGUGUGUCAACCUGCUCAAGCUUCCGCAGUACCGCACCACGGAGGUGUUGAAGAAGAAGCUGCUGUAUGCGGUGACAAGCGGAGCUGGAUGCCAUGUCUUUCCCGGCGCAACCCUCCCCUACGGAAUGGCCAAACCAGUAGCCGACACCCUCUCUCCCGCCGAAAACGCCGCCGGCUUCGUCUCCGACGACAACCCCAUCCUCGGCUUCUCACACAUGCACGAUUCCGGCACAGGCGGCCAGCCCUCCCUGGGUAACUUCCCCUUGUUCGUGCACCCGGGGUGUCCUGAGGACGAUUUCACGCGCUGCGUGUACGCCACCCGCUCGCGCGCGACGUCGAGGGUCGAAGGCUCGGCUAGGGCGGCGCCGGGGUAUUUUACGGUCGAGUUGGUGAAUGGCGUGACGGCGGAGAUGACAGCGGCCGGGAGGAGUGUGUUGUAUCGGUUUGGGUUUGAGGUGGGGGGGAUGGAGCAGCAGAUGGGGGGUGCCGGGUCGGGGUCCUCGGGGGAGAGGGGGUUGGAGUGGGUGAUGGUGAAGGGGGAGGAGGAUUUGGAGAAUGAUACGGGGGAUGAUGCGGAUCAUGGCGGGCAUGCGGUGCCUUACUCGCCGUUGGUGUUGGUUGACUUGUCGGAUUUGAUGAAUAGCCGUUCGGCAGGGGGGAUCCAGGUGUACCCGGAGACGGGACGGAUCGUGGGGGAAGGGAAUUAUGGUCCGUCGUUUGGGUCGGGGCGGUACAAUGCCUUUUUCUGUGCCGACUUCAAGGGCGCCAAGAUCCGCAAGUCGGGCACGUUCACGGGCAACGAGGCCGUGGAGGAGCCGAAGUUUCUUGACGGUAUCGGCGGCGGGUUCCGCAUUCCGUCUGGUUCGGCCGGUGCGUGGCUGCAGUUUGAUAAGCCGCCUAAGGGAGGUAAAGACCAGCUGUUGGCGCGGGUGGGCGUGUCGUUUAUGUCGACGGACCAGGCGUGCGAGAAUGCGGAGAGGGAGAUUGCGGACUGGAACUUUGACCGGGUUGAGAGUGACGCGCGGAAGGCUUGGAGGGAGAAGCUGGGGGCGAUUGAAGUCGAUGCUACGGGGGUGAGCGAGGAGAUGCAGACUACGUUUUGGUCGGGGUUGUAUCGCACGCUGCUGUCGCCGCAGGAUUAUACGGGGGAGAAUCCGCUGUGGAACUCGACGGAGCCGUAUUAUGACUCUUUCUACUGCAUCUGGGAUUCGUUCCGUGCCCAGCACCCGCUGCUCACCAUCGUCGAUCCGGCCACGCAGACCGACAUGGUGCGGUCUUUACUCGACAUUUACCGGUUCGAAGGCAAACUGCCCGACUGCCGCAUGAGCUUCUGCAAGGGGUUCACCCAGGGAGGUUCCAAUGCUGACGUGGUGAUCGUCGACGCCUAUAUCAAGAACCUCCGCGAAGGCAUUGACUGGAACACGGCCUAUGAAGCCGUCGUCUCCGAUGCCGAGGUCGAACCCUCCAACUGGGGCCUCGAAGGCCGCGGCAAUCUCGUCAGCUGGCACUCCCUCGGCUACAUCCCCUGGGACGACAAAGACCGCAACGGCACGGGCCCAAUGAGCCGCACCAUCAGCCGGGGCGUCGAAUACGCCUACGACGACUUCUGCAUCGCCCACCUCGCUAGCGCCCUCAACCACCCGGCCGACGCAGCCAAAUACCGCGCCCGCGGCGGCAACUGGCGCAACUACUGGAACCCGGACCAACAAGACGUCUUCCACGACCCCGACGACGCCCAAAAACCCCUCGACACUGCCUUCCGCGGGUUCAUGCAACCCCGCGAAAGCGACGGGUCCUUCCGCUACCACAACACGCGGGCCUGUUCCCCUAUCCAGGACAUGCAUUCCUGCUACUACGACACCUCAUUGGAUACCUACGAGGGCAGUCCCUGGCUGUACAGCUUCUAUGCCCCGCAAGACAUGGCCACGCUCAUCAGCCUCAUGGGCGGUCCCGCAGCGUUCGUCGACCGCCUCACCUACUUCCACACCAGCGGUCUCUCCUAUCUCGGCAACGAGCAAGGAUUCCUGCCAGUCUUCCAAUUCCACUACGCCGGCCGCCCCGGGUUAAGUUCGUACUGGACACGGCAGUACAUCCCCAGCCUAUUCAACGCAACGGUGAACGGCAUCCCAGGAAACGACGACUGCGCGAUGGGGGCUUUCAGCGCGUUUGUGAUGAUGGGGUUUUUCCCCGUGGCGGGGCAGGAUGUGUAUCUGUUGACGACGCCGUUUUUUCCCGAGGUGAGGAUACGUGCCAAGGAAAGGGGGAAGAAGGCGGUGAUAAGGGUGAUGAAUGAGUUUAAUCGGAGGGGGUCGAAUAUGUAUAUUCAGAGGGCGCAGUUGGAUGGGGUGGAGUAUACGAGGAAUUGGAUCACGCAUGAGUUCUUUUUGAGGGGGGGGUUGUUGGAGUUGUGGGUGGGGGAGGAUGAGGGGACUUGGGGGACGUGGGAGGAGGAUUUGCCGCCGAGUUAUCCGCUGGAGGAGGUGUAG